AUGGCUUUCAAAUACUUCAUCCCAGCAUUUCUCGCGCUCUUCGUAAGCCAGACUGCCGCCCAGACAGUCGUUGGCUCCAAGUAUAACAACCCAACCGCUGGACCCCCGGCUAGCUUCUUUGCAGCGACAUCGACGAUCCCUGUCGCUGCACUGCAGACGGCUGCGGCUAAAGCGACGAAGGCCGCCAAAUCCGCAACAUAUGCGAUCAAUAACGAUGGCGGCGCUGCUAAAGUGACCAUUCAUAGUGACUGGUCCGGCUUUAGCUCUGGCGCGGCUUUUGUUUUCGUCGCCGAUAUGGAUGUAGAUUGUGAUGGCAUUGACUAUAAGUGCCAGGGAAACCAAGACGGUCAAUCCCAGACCAACUUCGGCGCUCUCGCAGCUUAUGAAGUCCCCUGGAUCGUGCUUCCUGAUCAAUUCGCAUCGGCGUACUCGAGCGUGAUCCCAGGCAAUAAUAUUGCGGCAGUCAUUUGCAACGGCAAGAUGUUUUAUGGGAUCUACGGUGACUCCAACGGUGAUACGCCAGAGGUCAUAGGCGAGGCAUCCUGGCUGAUGGCUCGCACUUGCUUCCCGGGCGAUAAUCUAAAUGGAAAUGCCGGUCAUGGUGCUGUUGAUGUCACUUAUAUUGUGUUCACUGGAAGCUCCGCUGUUUUACCGAGCAGCGCCGUGAGUACGAACUACAUCACCGACUUCACCACUCUACGUUCCAAGGGCGAUUCACUCGUUAACUCUCUUGUCAAAAACCUGGGUCUAUCUGGCGGCGGGAGUGGAGGGGGAUCCUGUUCUUGGGCUGGACACUGUGCUGGGGCGACCUGUACGACCGAGAAUGAUUGCUCGGAUGAUUUGGUCUGUGUAAACGGAAAGUGCGCAUCUGGCUGA